AUGGAACCAACAGAGGAUGUCUUGCCGACCUCAGGCACCCAGGUUUCGCAGGCUAAGGGCGAGAAACGCAAAAAGGCGCAAUCCAGAACAUCCAAGCGUGGCGACCCUGAGCCCCGUGGCCCGAAGCGGCGAGUUCCCGACGAGCGAGACGACUUCGACAUGCGUCCGCCGGAUAGUAGCGGAAGGCCUCGCGAGGGAAGCCGAGAGUCCCGGCAAGGACGUGCACAAGAUGCAGGAGUCAGAGUUCACACCGCCCGCUUACCGUCCAAUCGCAAGGUCAAGGGCCAUCGCCCGGCGACAUCCGAGGACGGCGUGUCACCGACGGGACCACACCAUCCCGGCCCAUCCGGUGCUUCCAUCAACGACCCGGCCGCCGCCGUGGGCGCCCUACCUUUGUCAUCGAUGUCGCAGCAAGGGUUCCUGGGCGGUGCGCUGGUCGGACAGCCGGCCUUCAGACCUCCCCAGCUGCCCCAAGAUCCGUUCUUCGAGGUGACGCCGAAGCCGCCCCGUGCCUUUGGAGCUCUGUGGAUCACUCUCGGCGCACUGACGAUGGUUGUACUUGCGACGCUCGUGACAGUGGCGAUCUUGAAGGCUUCCUGGAAUUCGGCGGGGCCAUUAUCGAGCGCGUGUGCAACGCAUGCCUGCCUCGCCUACUCGACGCGGCUCCUCUCCUCCAUCAACGAAUCGGCGAACCCGUGCAAGAGCUUCACGCGCUUCGUUUGCGACGGCUGGCGGAAAGAGCACCGUGGCACCGUGUGGGAGAACCGGCUCUAUCACGUGCUCGACAAGCUUACCGACUCGCUGAAGGACAUCAGGAUGCCACAGUCGGGACAAAAUGAGGAGCAACGGGCCGCUGCCGUGUACCACAGCUGCGUGUCGCUGCUCGAAGGCGUCAGGGACGAGCUUCCUGCCGUCCAGAAGGCGCUCGAUGACGCCGGCAUCGUGUGGCCACAUCCGUCUGUGGACGCUGAUGUCCUCUACACGCUCAUGUACUGCUCCCUCAAACUGGGCUGGGACGUGCUGCUCGACUUCGACAUCGUGGCGAACAGCAGAAGCAGUACAGUUGAGCUGAUCGUAGGUCCUGGCAGGCUAUUUUCAUUCCUCUACGAGAAACACAUGCGCCUGUACGAGAAUGAUGAGGGCGAGGCGAACUUCGAGUUUCUCAAGGGGCGCUUUCGGCGCAACAAUACGGCCACCUUAACCUACAGCCAGAUGCAAGACUUAGGGGACCAUGCGAUGGAAAAACUAUUGUACGCCGGGGCGAUGCACACAGGCAGCGUCGAAAGCUUUCCGGAAGGGUCGGACCUAGGCCUGACCGAAGCUAAGUGGACGGCAACACUCCAGAAGAUUAACAUGAGUUUGGCCGAAGGUCCCUUGCUGACGACGACUAAUGCUGCUUAUGUGAAUGCAUUCCUGAAUCUCUGGAGGUCAAACGGCUCCGACUCAAUCCACGCACUAGUAUCUUGGUCCACGGUUCAAGUGGCUGCACUUUUCGCAAACAGGGAGCUCAUUUACAAUUAUUACGGUGAUAACUACAAAGUGGCUCAGGUGCACUAUGGCAUCUUCUGUGCCACCAGAGCCAUGUUCUUCUCUAGGCAGGCACUGUUUGCACGAUACAACGCCGAUGUUUUUCAAGGCAAGGCAGGUGUCAUCGCGAGAGAACUGGCACUCUCGGUGCGGCUUGCCUUCUGGCUCCGUCUUUCAAGCUCGACCUACUUCGACGAGAACGUCACCGUGGUAGCCGACUGGAGCUCUCUGACAACAGCCUUCCAUAACUUCGAGAUGCACAGCGAAGAGAACGAAACCAUUGUCCGAGGCCAGCUACCGGACAUGACGGAUUCGUUCGUGAGCAACUGGCAGCAUUCGGCAAUAGUCAGAAACACGCCUGAAGUGGAACAGAUGCUGCUCGCCAUGCGUCGCCUACGUUACUACGUCCUAUCCGACGGGAAGAGGGACUUCCAGCUCAUGCCGUACGCCAUGUCAUUUCCUCUGUUCGAUCCAACGCUGCCAUCGUCUGUAAACUACGGCGGCUUCGGAUUCGAGAUCACUGAAGCUCUGGGUGACCUGCUUCUAAGCGUCUACGACGUCAGAAAAGUCCCCCAAAUUGAUUCCCUAUACAAUUGCCUUCUAGCCAGCGAGUUCGGCGGCAUCUUUGACGUCAGACAUUAUGCAGCGCAUACUAUUGGUCUCAACGCCCUCGUAGAUGCCUACGAAAGCAGCGGCCGUGCUUCGGACAACGCUGUACAAGGGCUGGAGAAGUAUCGCGGACUGCCGCUGGUGUUCAUCGCUAUGUGUUACGUUCAGUGCGAUGGCAGCCUCAUUUUGGAAAACGCGGAGGCAGCGUGCAAUCUGCCACUGCAGCAGUUGCCCCAGUUCGCUGAAGCCUUCGCCUGCGCUCCAGGAGAGCCUAUGAACCCUGCGAAUCGAUGCGCACUGAUUUGA